AUGAAUGUUGUAAUCAGUUUUGCGAAACGAUGUGAGCCGAUAAAUACUGUGGUAUCAUUCAUAUGGUGGAUCAUUGGAUUCUAUUGGGUAGUUGAAGAAGGUGGAGAUAAGCUUUUAGGAGAAGCUCCUAAUCUUUACUGGUCGUCGGUGAUUUUUCUUGCGAUUGAUGUGUUCUUCGCCGUUUUCUGUGUUGUUCUGGCUUGCCUUGUUGGAAUAGCUCUCUGCUACUGUCUUCCUUGCAUAAUCGCCCUUCUUUACGCUGUUGCAGGAACGAUUAGCUUUACAGCAUCCUCGGCAACCAUUGGUCGGAGUAGGAACCAUUUUACCAGCUCCGUUGCUAUUGAAAGCCUGAAAUUUGACUGUUGCAUAUGUCUGAGUUCAUACGAGGAUGGUGUAGAGCUUCAUACUCUUCCUUGCAACCAUCAUUUCCAUUCGAACUGUAUCGUUAAAUGGUUUAAGAUGAGAGCAACAUGCUUAAAGGAACCACUGAUCAAGCUUGAAGACAAAAUAUAA